AUGGCCAAUGCCGUCGCCUCCUCGUCUCGUGAGGGCCGGCCCGCCAGAAACCGGUCCAGCAUGCAUUCCCUCCACCAAUUCAACCCCCACGACCCCGGUGUCGUCGUGACCCGUGCGCUCACUGCCGGCCAGCGCCCGACCCACGUCCGAAAUGACACCAUUAAGAUCAUAAACCAGUAUGAGCUGAAGCGCAAGGUCGGCAAGGGGCAGCACGGCGAGGUCUAUCUCGCCGAGGACUCCAUCAAGGGAUAUAUGCUCGCGGUCAAGUGCCUCCGGCGCAAGAACAAGAACGACCGUCUUAACAAGCUGCGCAGGAGCUACCAACAGCCUCUCCCUCGCUCGCCGAAUUCGGCGCAGUUGGGGGAUACAGAACACAAAAUACGAAAGGAGAUAGCGAUCAUGAAGAAGCUCAACCAUCCUCAUAUCGUGCGCCUGCUCGAGGUCGUAGACGACCCGUUGCAGGACAAGAUAUACAUGGUUAUGGAGUAUCUCGGCGGCGGCGAGAUAAAAUGGCGGUCGAGGAACGACAACCCACUCCUGCGCGUCGACCAGACGCGGCGCAUAUGUCGCGACGUCAUCCUCGGACUUGAAUACCUGCAUUACCAGGGCAUCAUCCACCGCGACAUCAAGCCCGCAAAUCUCUUGUGGUCCUCGGAUCGACGCACGGUCAAGAUCACCGACUUCGGCGUCUCCACGUUCUCGUAUGCCCAGCGGCUCGCCGCUGCAGGCAAGGGCAACAUCAAGGAGGACGACAGGGACCCCAUUCUCAUGGACGAGAGUGACUUGUCGAAGACUGCUGGCACGCCCAUGUUCCUAGCUCCGGAGAUUGUCGCCGACGUCUCCUUUACCGCCGAACAGUCGUCUUCGACGGUGCACCUCCCCCACCUGCCUUCACCUCAGCAGCUCUCCCGGAAAAAGCCCCAGAUAACGAAGGCCAUUGACAUCUGGGCGUUCGGAGUUACGCUCUACGGCCUGCUUUUCGGCGUCCUUCCUUUCCAUGCCAAGAACGAGUUCGAGAUCUACAAGGUCAUCCGAUGGCAAACAUGGGAGCCGCUGGAAACUAUGGGCCUGGACGAGAUCCCGACCUGUGCCAGGUUUCGCAAGCGUGAAGGAGAAGAUACAGAGGAGACUGAGGGGUCGCUAGUUAUUGAUCUACUGGAACGCUUAAUGGAGAAGGACGCCAAGAAGCGUAUCACAUUAGAUCAGGUCAAGCGUCACCCUUGGAUCACCUUUGACCUUGAUCGACCAGACAUUUGGAUUCGAGAGACGACGCUCACGAAGUACCUCCAACUCAGGCCGACGCAGGCCGAGACCAGCACGGCGAUGGUUCCUCUUCGCUUCCAUUGGCUCCCCAAGAUCGGUCGUUUGCUAACGACGACGCUCAAGAACGUCAAGCCACAGCGCUCUUUU